UUCUCUUUCUCUGCAACCUACAAAAUCUACAAGAAUCAGAAGUUCAAAACCCAUAUAUUUCAAAUUUGUCUGCAAGAAUCAAAAGUUCAAAACCCAAGAAUCGAAAGUUCAAAACCCAUAUCGGCAUAUCACUUCAGAUUGUUCAAAAAAUUAGAUUUUUGUUUGCAAGUGAAGCAUGAGAUCGGGUUCAUGUAUGACGGUGAAAGGGAUGGGUGGAAUGGCAAAGUACAAAGGGACGCAGAUGAGAGAGCAACAACUGACGGAGAUGAUAGAGAAGAAGGUGAUGGAGGCUAAAGAGGUUUGCGGUGGUGAACCAACCUUUGACGAGUGUAAGGGAGGGCGAGGGAUGAUGGCGGUGGUGGAUCAGCGGCUGAGGGCGAGGGACAAUGGCGGUGGAUCAAUGGCGGCGAUGGCGAUGGAUCAGCGGCGGCGGUGGCGAGGAUGGCGGCUGAGAGAGAAAGAGAAAGAGAAAGAAUAGAGAGAGAGAGAGAGAGAGAAAAGGGAGAGGAAAGAGAAAGGAAAAAAAAAAAUUUAAUUUUGGGUUUCGGGUUGUGUUCGGGUUGAGCCCGAGUCCAACCUGAACAUAUUUAGGUUUUGACAAAACCCAACUCGAACAUAAACCCGAUUUGUGAAUUGUAUGUCCAAAUUUCAAAAACUCUAGGUUGGGGUUGGGCUGGGCUGGGCUAGCCCGCCUAAGUUGCAGCCCUAGUAUUGAGUGGAGAAUAUGAGAGUUGCAAACUUGUAACGAGAGAUGAGGGAGCCAACUUGUUCAGAGAAGAGUGUAUGAAAAAUUUUGCCACUUUCUCAAACAACGGUUAAAUAUAGUUUUAUUAUUCUUAUUAUCAUUAUUGUUGUUGCUGAAAAAAAAAAUGUUGGUGUAAAAUAAUUACUGCUCAAGUUCCACAAUAUGUGUAUCUUAGUUUAUGCUAUUAAGUAUAAAUAUAAAAGAAUUAAUGCUUAAGUUCCACAAUAUGUGUACCUUAGUUUAUGUUAGGUAGGAACAUGAAAUUAAACUUGACUGCCAUUAAAGAGAAUUAUAAGUUGGAACACUAAAAUGACCUUAAUUAAUUACCAUUUUUAUAUCCAAACCUUAUCAAAGAGGAUGAUCGCAGGUGGUUCUAAUUUAGAAAAGCUCACCUUGUCGGUUCAAAUUAUAUUGUGCUUUGGCAUAUGCUUUUAUUAUUAUUAUUAUUAUUAUUAUUAUUUUCCCGAUAAACAAACAACUGAAGAAAAACAACAU